AUGGCAUACGAUGCAGAAGCUGACGUCGUGAAAUUGAAUUUUGAGGUACCUCGAGCGUUGGAAACCAAGCCGGGUGAUUACUACUUCCUUCAUCAGCCUCUCAGAGCGAAGGGCUGGGAGAAUCAUCCGUUCACUGUCUGUUCUUGGGGACCUGGAUCUACACCGCAUGAAGACGAAUCCUUGACGCCCAGUCGCUCCCACAGGUUUAGAAGCGACUCCCAACUGCCACUUCUCAUCACAACUGUGUCCCAGAAUUUGGGUCAUGAGUGGGGUCUCGACGAUGGACACAUUUUAGAGACAACGAGGCUGACUUUCUGGAUUCGUCCUUAUGACGGCUGGACUCGUCAAUUACGUCGCCAGUGUCUUCGUGACCAGAAAUCUCCAUCUACACCUUUCAUUCUGCUGGAGGGCCCCUAUGGUCAUUCGCUGCCACUCUGGGAUUACGAUUCGGUGCUUAUGGUCGUGGGGGGCACUGGGAUUGCCGCCGCUCUACCGUACCUUCAGGACCACCUCCGCCGAUCACUCAACCACCGAUCAGCAGACAGCAAACAAAAAUUACGUACCAAAAGCGUUGAAUUGAUCUGGGUGGCAAAGCAAGCGACCUUUCAGCAAGAUGUUGUCAAUCGUGAUUUACAGCCAUUCCUUCAUCGGGAUGAUUUUCGUGCAUCCCUCUACUGCACAGACACAGACUAUAGAGUGCUCACCGAAGACCAAAAUAGAAUCACGAUGUCUGCUGGUCGGCCCAGUAUCUCAUCAGUCAUCUCCGAUCGAGCCACUGAUCCCUUAAUCGCAGGAUUGAGAAUUGCAAUCUUCGUCUGCGGGCCGGUACAAAUGUGCGAUGAAGCCCGCAUGGCGACUCGUGCUGCAAUGGAACACGGGCACAAGGAUCUGCAAUACUUCGAAGACAGUUUCACAUGGUGA